CCCUGCCUCCGGCGCCUGGGCCGCUAGUCCAGCUCGCCGCGCUGCCCGCCAACGCCGCCGCCGCCAUGGCCAAGCCCCUGACGGACCAGGAGAAGCGGCGGCAGAUCAGCAUCCGCGGCAUCGUGGGCGUGGAGAACGUGGCCGAGCUCAAGAAGGGCUUCAACCGGCACCUGCACUUCACGCUGAUCAAGGACCGCAACGUGGCCACCCCCCGCGACUACUUCUUCGCGCUGGCGCACACGGUGCGCGACCACCUGGUGGGGCGCUGGAUCCGCACGCAGCAGCACUACUACGAGAAGUGCCCCAAGAGGGUUUAUUACCUCUCUUUGGAAUUUUACAUGGGCCGAACAUUACAGAACACCAUGAUCAACCUUGGCCUGCAAAAUGCCUGUGACGAGGCCAUUUACCAGCUUGGACUGGAUAUGGAAGAGCUGGAAGAAAUGGAGGAGGAUGCCGGGCUUGGCAAUGGGGGUCUUGGGAGGCUGGCCGCCUGCUUCUUGGAUUCCAUGGCAACCCUGGGACUUGCAGCCUAUGGAUAUGGCAUCCGAUACGAAUAUGGAAUCUUCAAUCAGAAGAUCCGAGAUGGAUGGCAGGUAGAGGAGGCAGAUGAUUGGCUCAGACAUGGAAACCCCUGGGAGAAGGCCCGGCCUGAGUUCAUGCUGCCCGUGCACUUCUAUGGAAGGGUAGAGCACACCGACACUGGGACCAGAUGGACCGACACCCAGGUGGUCCUGGCCCUGCCAUAUGACACCCCAGUGCCUGGGUAUAUGAAUAACACCGUCAAUACCAUGCGCCUCUGGUCCGCGCGGGCGCCGAAUGACUUUAACCUCAGAGACUUUAACGUUGGAGACUACAUUCAGGCUGUGCUGGACCGAAAUCUGGCCGAGAACAUCUCCCGGGUCCUCUAUCCCAAUGAUAAUUUUUUUGAAGGGAAGGAGCUGAGAUUGAAGCAGGAGUACUUUGUGGUGGCUGCUACCUUGCAAGAUGUCAUCCGACGUUUCAAAGCCUCCAAGUUUGGCUCCACGGAUAGUGCCAAAACUGUGUUCGAUGCCUUUCCAGACCAGGUUGCCAUCCAGCUGAAUGACACACACCCCGCACUCGCCAUCCCUGAGCUGAUGAGGAUUUUUGUGGAUAUUGAAAAACUGCCCUGGUCCAAGGCCUGGGAGAUCACCCAGAAGACCUUUGCAUACACCAACCACACGGUGCUCCCAGAGGCUCUGGAGCGCUGGUCCGUAGAGCUGGUGGAAAAUUUGCUUCCUCGACAUUUGCAAAUCAUUUAUGAGAUAAAUCAGAAGCAUUUAGAUAGAAUUGCGGCCUUGUUUCCUAAAGAUGUCGACCGUCUGAGAAGAAUGUCUCUGAUUGAAGAGGAAGGAGGCAAAAGGAUCAACAUGGCCCAUCUCUGCAUUGUGGGCUCCCAUGCUGUGAAUGGCGUGGCUAAAAUUCACUCUGACAUUGUGAAGACCCAAGUGAUCCUGCUCUUUCAAAUUCAGCGAUGUGUCUCUUCCGACUCCAGAUUCAAGGACUUCAGUGAGCUAGAACCAGACAAAUUUCAGAAUAAAACCAAUGGGAUCACUCCGAGGCGCUGGCUCUUACUCUGCAACCCAGGGCUGGCAGACUUAAUAGCGGAGAAAAUCGGGGAAGACUACGCGAAAGACUUGAGCCAGCUGAGGAAGCUGCAGGGCUUCCUGGACGAUGACGUCUUCCUCCGAGAAAUCGCCAACGUGAAGCAGGAGAACAAGCUCAAGUUUUCCCAGUUCCUGGAGAAGGAGUACAAAGUGAAGAUCAACCCCUCCUCCAUGUUCGACGUGCACGUGAAGCGCAUCCACGAGUACAAGCGGCAGCUCCUGAACUGCCUGCAUGUGGUCACCAUGUACAACCGCAUUAAGAAGGACCCCAGGAAGUUAUUCGUGCCCAGAACAGUCAUAAUCGGUGGCAAAGCUGCCCCAGGAUAUCACAUGGCCAAAAUGAUCAUAAAGCUCAUCACCUCAGUGGCAGAUGUGGUGAACAAUGACCCUGUGGUUGGAAGCAAGUUGAAAGUCAUCUUCUUGGAGAACUACAGAGUGUCUCUUGCUGAAAAAGUCAUUCCAGCUACAGAUCUGUCGGAGCAGAUCUCCACUGCAGGCACUGAAGCCUCAGGGACAGGCAAUAUGAAAUUCAUGCUGAAUGGGGCCCUGACCAUCGGGACCAUGGAUGGAGCCAACGUGGAAAUGGCAGAGGAAGCUGGGGAAGAGAACCUGUUCAUCUUUGGCAUGAGAGUAGAUGAUGUGGCCGCUUUGGACAAGAAAGGGUAUGAGGCAAAAGAAUAUUACGAGGCACUUCCAGAGCUGAAGCUGGCCAUUGACCAAAUUGACAAUGGCUUCUUCUCUCCCAAGCAGCCCGACCUCUUCAAAGACUUAGUCAACAUGCUAUUUUAUAACGACAGGUUUAAAGUCUUUGCAGACUAUGAAGCCUAUGUCAAGUGUCAAGAAAAAGCCAGCCAGCUGUACAUGAAUCCAAAGGCCUGGAACACAAUGGUACUCAAAAAUAUAGCUGCUGCAGGGAAAUUCUCUAGUGACCGAACAAUUAAGGAAUAUGCCAGGGACAUCUGGAACAUGGAGCCUUCAGAUCUCAAGAUUUCCCUAUCCAAUGAAUCUAGCAAUGGGGUGAACAAAGUCAAUGGAAAAGAUGCUAAUUCAUGAAAACAGCUAGGAUCCAGGAAACCUGUGUAUAUAACAAGCACCUCUAGGGAACCUGAGACAGGCAACGCUCAGAACACUUUGGGAAACACGGACAUAAAUGUCAUGGAAGACGGGCGGCUGAAAGCAAGUCCUGCUUGUUACUUCAUAAAGGAUGUUUUCCUCUGCCAUAAUCCAAAUUACUCCGCAGGAACAUUUACUUCACGAGAAGGGCUUUUUCAAGGGGAAUUUUAACUCUUCCUGAGUAUUUAUUUUUAACUUCGUGGCCUUGAAAGGCAACUGUUGUUUUAUAUUAAACAGAAAAAAGAAAGUUUAUUACACGAUCAGAGGCUGUCUGAGGUCAGGGGGCCUUAGGUAUCUCUGUGUUCAGAGUGUGCACAACGGUCCGCAGGCUCUCUUUACUUCCCCACCGCGAGCCAAGACAUGCCACACGGAGGCAUUUUACAGUACCUUUCUCUUCUAGUGCUUUUGCAGCAUUUGUUGCAACUCUGUAAAGCAAUGAAAAUUAGUACAUAUGUAAAGCAGGGACUUAACAGGUAAACAGUACAAAAUGCAACAUCUGAUAUGAGCAUCUGAUGAAAGCGCUGGGGCCCUCUGGUAGGACCAGACGUACAACUUUGCAUAGGACUUCAAGGGGUUCCACUGGCCCCAAAUCAAGAAUCCUUUCCUUUAAUACUCUCAAGGAGUAUUGGAAUGGGCUUCAGUGUCCUAGAUAACCACAGAGCUACACCCUCACCCUCCCUUGCAUUACGACCGGCUCGCUGAGAUGGCACCGGCUCUAACCACAUGUGGGAUGUGAGGGAAACCAGAGCUCCGCCUCCUAGCUCAGUGUUCCCUCCUCCGCUCAUCACUGCCUCUGAUGACCCUAAAGCCCCAAGCGCUGCCCUCCCCCAAGAAGCCAUCUUCAGACUCCACUUACCCUGUACCCAGAGAGUGGCCCCAGAGACACACAGGCGUGGUGCCGCUUCUCGCCUUGGUCCACUCAUAGACACAAACAGCAUCUGUGGUCAGCCCCUCCUCCGUGGGCUCACCCGUGGAGUCCCCGUACCCUGGUGGUAAGGAAAGGCGGGCACAGCAUCACUACCUCCAAAAUGAGGGCCAUCAAGAGCCCUCCUGCUUACUGAAAAGUCUUUACCUACUGCUCUUAACAUACCUCUGUAGUCCACAGACAGAACAUGAAAGCCACCAUCGCUCAGCACCUAGAUGACAAAGGAGAGGUUAUCGUCUUAAUUGUAAACCGAAAAGGUGGUGUAACCUCCUCAACACUUGCAUAAUCCUCAUUGUGAUGGUUUCCUACGCAGGCAAUAGAUGGAAUCUGCUGUUUGACCUCAAACACGAGAAGGUCAGACUCAAGGGGAAAGAAGGGAGGCAGGACGCAGAGCAGGUCAGAGAGCCUGGCCACACCCUGGCUGUGUGACCUUGAGCCACCCAACAUCUGACUAUUCAGAUGUAAACAGGAUUCUGAAAAGUGAAAAACAAUAGUAGCACCUUCAGGACUGUUGGAAGGUGACAUGAGAUGAAAGUACUGAAGUACCUUGGUACAAAGUCAAUGUCCAUUUUAAGAAUUCCCUUGAGAACAGAAGGUCUACACAGAGUUGUAGUAGAGGCAGUCAAAUAAUGGGAAGAUAUUUAUACUAAAUGUGGACAGAUAAAGAGUUAAUAUCAAUCAAAAAGAGAUCACUCAAUUAUAUGAAACCACUGCCACGCCCCAUGUGGAUAAAUAAGGAAGGAAUACGACAGCAUCAUUUCAAACCAAGUGAAUUACAAUGACAGACGAAGAGAGAAAAGGGGACAAAAAUGCACUGUGCAGAUACCUUUAAAACUUUAUUUAAUCCUCACAAUAGUCCCUAAAGGUAGGUAUUAUCCCCGUUUUAUAGAUAGAGAAAUUGAGUCCUGAGGGUUUAAGUAACUCGUUCGUGGUCACCCAGAUAGCUAGAGGGAGAACCAAGACUCACCCGUGGGUCUGUUUCUGUCUGAACACCGCGCUCCCCCUGCCACAGCACGGACGUGGGGAGCUGAGUCUCACCAGAAAUCUUUCAAUACAAAUUCAACUAAUACUGAGGAACUAAAGGAAACUUUUUAAUAUCUAUUUAAACGACACUGCCUCCAAAACAGUGAUCCAGGACACAGAAUAGUUAAGCACCCCGGGAGGUGGGAAUGUCUGUGCAUCGUUUGUGGUGCUGUGGACAGAAGGACCACUUGGUGAAACAACCCGAGAACAGAUCUGACUCCUAAGAAUUUAUCUCUAGGGAAAAAGUCCAAAAAAAGAAUAAACUCAAUGCUUCAGGUUUUCUCUAGCAACAUUAUUGAAAUUAUUUUGGGGGUGGGGGGACUUGUAUCUAGCAACAGUGGAAUAGUUAAAUAAACAAUUGUCUACAAAUAUAAUGGAGAAGGAUCACCUUUUAAAUCUGUAACUAUGGUAACUACGGAAAACCAUGGAAGAAUGUUUACAACAUAGUAUGUACAUAACAUAGCAUUAAGUAAAAGAACAACAACAUAAAAUUACAUAUAGAUAUAAUCAUAAUCACAUAAAAACUUUACAUAAAUAAAGACGACAAGGUGGGAUUGCAAAUUAAUGAAAACAGCUGUACUGGACGACUGAAGUGAUGAAUAAAUGGAAUGAACGAGAAACAGAGAGGAUGUGGAGGAAGAAAGGAAAGAAGAAGGGGAGGAAGGACAACGUAAUAGCAAAGACUUAGUUUUUAAGGGAAAUCACCCCUCCAAAGAAGAGAACAAAGGCCUGAGGAAGUCCGGUCAGGCUGCGAGAUGAUGACUAUGGCACGUAUCCAGAAUCUGCCUGGAGGAAGAAGCCUUAUCAUACCUGCCCUUCCCAUGCCAACUACCACAAGGAUGACCUGGCUCCUUUUCACACCUACACCUAUGAUUCUUUUCCUUUCUGUGCACACAGGGGCUAUAAUUCAGCUUUGCCGAGGGUGGGAGAGGAAAAAAACAAAACAAAAACGCAUGUUCUCACGGACAUCAGCCUCACCACCAUCCCACGUAGGAAGUGCAGAGAGUGAGGAGCAGGGUGGAAAGCAAACCUAAAAAUUAAUAGACAUUAUCAUCCCAGGCAGAACAGCAUCCAGCCCACCACCCACCAGAGUCGGCUCCGAGAAGGCCGUGAGGAAAGGGAGGAGCCGACUGGAGAGGGGCUUCCUGUCUGAACAAGGGAGGGAGGACGAAGGAGGUGCUGGCCCUCCUGGGCCUGGCAGGGUGCGGGGCCCCACUCAGGCUGUUACACCAGGGAAGGGCUCUGAGGUGGGAGCUGGUCUGUGGGAGGCGACAGCAGGUCCUGUGGUCAAAAAUUGGACAAGCAGCCUGGUCACCUGAGGGAGAGAUUACCAAACUGGGGUGUGGGAGAAGACAGACAGCUGCCCUACCAGCUGUGAGUCAGCCGCGGCUGCAUCUCCCGUCCACGCAGGGGCCGCCCCAGCAAACUGCAGUCCUGUAGCAGGCUGGCGAGAAGGGGAGUGUGGCCGCCAUCCCACACGCAAAACUUUCUGUGGGGCUGAAGCCAGAGCCUGAAGGACUCUAACAGCAGACGUUCUAUGUAUUUAUCCUCUACCACAAGAAAAGGCUGUUUCUCACGGGAGUAACUUUCACAUUUAAUAUACCCUCACAACCUUUCCCCCCCAGCCCUCAGAAAAAGCGGAUAAAGAGGGUCUUGAACUCCACCUGGUGAUGAAGGCAAUGUAUUUAUGAAAAUGUUUUGGGAGUCAGGCAUGUUCGCUUCUGUUUUGAAGCCCUGUGGUCACUGCAGGAAGAGAAAUCCACGUGUGGGACUUUGAGUCCCAGACGCCAAACCCACCCUUGGGAGCUCUCAGUAGAUACCCAUGCUGAGGGCUGAGGAAGAUCUAGGGCUGUAGCCCAGAAGAGAAAAAACAGAGACAUAAAACUGGUACCUUGAGGCCCCUUCAGACAUACCUUUACUAGCUCAAGUCUGUGAGGAGCUGCCCUGUGGAAGAGGUUAAAACAAAGAGCAAGAAUUAGGAAUUACAAUGACAAAUUCAAUAAAAAUCACUAUCAUGCUUCUA